CAUUUUAAUACCUCAAAUUGGUGAACGCAACCAAAUUUGUAGUUCCAUGUUGAAUUAUUUGGUACAAUUCAUAACCACAAAUUUUUUUGAAAAAUUCCAUAUAAUUUAAAUAAAAAAUAUUGUCUAUUUACAUAAUUAUAUUCAAAUUAUAUCAUAAUGGAUGCGUUACAAACGGGAAAUUUGACUGGAGCUCAAAGGGAAGAGUUUAUGGAACAAGUUAAACAACAAAUCGCAAUAUCUCAUGCACAAGAGCACCUAACGAAAAUGACACAGAAAUGUUUUCAAAAAUGUAUAUACAAACCUGGAACAAGUUUAGAUAGUUCAGAACAAAAAUGUGUUGCUAUGUGUGUAGAUAGAUAUAUGGACGCUUGGGGACUAGUUUCAAGAGCUUAUGCAACUCGGUUACAAAAAGAAAAUAUGUAGUUUAAAACAAAAAUUAGUUGAUUUUUUUU